AUGCUUGACUUUGAAAAAGAUUUUUAUAAGUUUGUUAAGGCUUAAUUAGACAAAAAAAAAGGGAUCAAAUAGAAUGGAACAGAUGAAUCAUCUGAUGAAGAGGAGACACUCAAGAAAAAUAGGCUAGUAAGUGAGAACAUCAAUAAAGUACUUUAAAAUGAGAGAAAAAAGAUGAAAAUCAGCAAAAUAUCUAAGGAGCAGCAUUUUGAGAAUAAAAUGAAGGAUUUUGCCAACAUGGACACAUUUAUUGAUGUUAAACAUUUUCUGAAGAACCUCAACGAUUCAUAAAAGAAAAAAACGCAUAAAAGAGUGUUUAAGUCAUUCAAACGUGGUUCUUCAGACAGUGACAACGAGGAUUUAUUUGAUUACGCAGAAAUUGUCUCAAAAAGUAAGUAGUACAUUGCAAAAUCUCAAAAACUUAGAGCCAAACCAAAUAUCGAAAGCUACCUUCAAUUUGAAGAAUAACAACAUUAGAAAACUGAGAAAGCAGAUGAGGGGAAAACGACAAAUGAAAAGUUCUACACUGGAAUUGAUAAAUUAAUAACAGAUAUUAAUCACAAAAAUGCUCAAUCUGAAAUAGAUAAAUAAUAUGAAAAAGAGAAAAAAAGACACAGAGAUUCCAUGAAUUCAGAAUAAUAUAUCCCAUAAAUUCAUCAUUUAGAUUUCGGAAGAGAUGAAGUAACUAUUAAAGCAGGAAAGAAAUUCAAAGAAUAGUCUAAAAAGGUUUUAUAACUUCUAGAGAAAACAACAAAAAUGUUGUAUAGAAAUAGAUUGCCCCAACCUCCUAAUCCGAAAAUCUUAAAACAAUAAUAACAAUAAUUGAAAGAAUUAAAAGAAUUAAAAGAAUUGAAAUCACAUCCUAUAUCUGUUGAAAUCAGAAGUUCGAAACAAAUCCUAACUAAAAGUCGUAGUAUUAGCAAAGAUAUUAAAUUACCCACAAUUAAUGGACAAAUCAAAGGUAAAAUUGUAAAAAGGAUUACUCCCUUACAUAGAUUAAGUCAAGCAAGCUUACCAGAAAUUAAGCCAGCAUCUUUUGUGUCUCUUAGAGAAGAUAAAAUUUUAGAAGAUUUCCAUUACUUUAAAAGCUAGAAGCAUAUUGUAAAGUAAAACUCUCUACCCAAUAAUUUCAGCCAUCAUAGCCUAAGCUUUGAUGUAAAAAAUUAGAUUUGUGAUUUUAUUACUUAAUUGGAUAAUGCUUAGGAGUAGUUCUAGAGGAUGUAUCCUUCUGAUAAUUAAUUAUAAAAAAUAUAGAAUAAUAUGAGUAGAAAAAUGAAUAAGAUUGGCAAAACUCCUUUGGAAAGCUUGAAAUAUUUGACUAGAAGAAAAUUUAAUUUUUCUAGAAAAUUGGAGUUAAAAAGCAAAAAAAGUGAAGCUCACCAUCAAAUUUUUUGA